AGUCUUGCCAUCAGAAUUUCAUCACUCGCCUCUCCUCGGCAUUCCUCUCCUUUCUUAUAUGAUUAUAUCUUUCAAGGUUAGGUUAAGAUCAUGGCUCUUUCAGUGCCCAAAGCUCUUCCCGGAGUGACCUUAUUAGUGCUUCAGCUUCUCCUAGCUAUUGUUGCCUUGUCAAGAGCUUCACUCAAUGUCCAUCACUACGAUCAAGCAUGUCCUAGAGCCGAGGAGAUCAUCUUGGAGACGGUUCGGAAAGCUACGAGGAAUGACCCUAAAGUCCCAGCUCGCCUCCUUAGGAUGUUCUUCCACGACUGUUUCAUAAGGGGAUGUGAUGCAUCAUUAUUACUGGAUUCAACCCCGGGAAACCAAGCUGAGAAGGACGGCCCUCCCAACAUCUCCGUUCGGGCAUUCUACGUUAUCGAUGAAGCCAAGGCCAAACUCGAAAUGGCAUGUCCUGGAACAGUCUCCUGCGCUGACAUCAUUGCCAUUGCAGCAAGAGAUGUAGUCUCUAUGACGGGAGGGCCAUACUGGGAGGUCCUCAAAGGGCGAAAAGACGGAAGAGUAUCAAAAGCUUCUGAGACCAUAAACUUGCCGGCUCCAACCUUCAACGUGAGUCAACUCAUUCAAAGCUUUGCAAAGAGAGGUUUAGGGCUCAAGGAAUUGGUUGCAGUCUCUGGCGGCCACACCCUGGGAUUCUCACACUGCUCAUCCUUCCAAGCUCGGAUUCAUAAUUUCAGCUCAACACACGAUACCGACCCCAGCAUCAACCUCUCGUUUGCAAGAGAGCUGAAGAAGAAAUGUCCAAAGCCGAAUAAAGACAGGAAUGCAGGACAGUUCUUGGACAGAACCGCGUCGACCUUUGACAAUGAUUACUAUAGGAGGCUCAUGGCAGGAGAAGGAGUGUUUGGAUCCGAUCAGGUGCUGGUUGGCGAUCACAGGACUAAGUGGUUGGUUCAGUCAUUUUCUGAAGACCAAGGACUGUUUUUUAAAGGGUUUGUUGCUUCGAUGGUGAAUCUCGGAAAUGUUGGAGUAAAAGAGGAGGGAGAAGUGAGGAGGAAAUGCCGGCUAGUGAACUGAGAGAGAGAGUUUUCUUCGUGAUAUGCAGUGACGAAUAACCAUGCGAUAAUUUCUUCUUUCUUUUCCGGAGAUGUUAUGUACUAUUUAUGUAUGAAUAAAAUAAGAUACCGGCCUGGUGACCAAACUACUUAUUGA